GUACCCCAAGCUGAGGCGGAAGUAGAUUUGUCCCCGGAGCUUCUUGCACUCCCCCCAGACCUUCCUGUUAGCACCUGCUCAGUCUGGUGGCUGGGCAACUCUUGCAUUUCUGCGUGCACACGGGUGGACUCCACUCAGGGCGCGGGUUGCCACCGGGAGGCACACUCGUGGCCGGUCUGAUCGGCAUGGCUGGGGAGGGGGGCGUGUCCCACACCUUAUUCUUGAACCUGCUGGACUCGCUGAGCUGGUUCCCUGGCCAGCAGGGUGGAGGAGGCGCUCAGGGUCCAGCGGAGCAGGCCGUCUUUCCCGGUGGUGGCCAGCCAGGGACGCUGCCUCUCGAGGCGUUCAUUCUUCCCCAGGCUCAGCUUUCCGGAGCGUAUCCAGUGUGGGCGCGCGACAUCCUGGGCCGCUGUCCAGUGCAUGAGCCGGCGCUCGCCCGGUAACUCGUCCAUGGGCAAGCCCUCUGAGAGCAAUGAAAGCUUCCAGAAAUGAAGCUGGCUCCCGGCGGCUCCCAGUGCUUGGCUGAGUGGACGGACCGCGGUGCUGAGGAUGGCGCUGUGCUCUGUGUCCGCCGAGGUCAUCCGUCAGGUGGAGGAGUCGCUGGACGAAGACGAGAGGGAGAUGCUGCUUUUCUUGUGCCGGGAUGUUGCUGAAGACUUGGUUCUACCUAACCUCAGGGACCUCCUGGAUAGCUUAAGUGAGAGAGGCCAGCUCUGUGAUGUCACCUUGGCCGAGCUGCUCUACAGAGUGAGGCGGUUUGACCUGCUCAAGAGGAUCUUAAAGAUGGACAAAGUGACAGUGGAGGCCCAGCUGAGCAGGCACCCACCCCUUGUUUCUGACUAUAGGGUGCUAAUGAUGGAGAUUGGUGAGAAUUUGGAUAAGUCUGAUGUAUCCUCAUUACUUUUCCUCACAAGGGAUUACAUAGGCCGAGGCAAGGCAGCCAAGGAUAAGAGUUUCUUGGAUUUGGUGAUUGAACUGGAGAAACAGAAUCUGAUUGCUUCAGAUCAGUUGAAUUUAUUAGAAAAAUGCCUAAAGAACAUCCACAGAAUAGACCUGAAGACAAAAAUCCAGAAGUACAUGCAGUCUGUUCAAGGAACAGGAACAAGCUAUGUGAAUCCCCUAAAAGCCUCUCUCCCAAACUUGAAUCUCAAGGACCCUUCAUAUAACUCCAGGCUUCAGAACGGGCGAAGCAAAGAACAAAGGCUUGUGGAACACCUGGGCAUGCAAAGAGAACCAGUGAAGAAAUCCAUUCAGGAAACGGGAGCUUUUGUGCCUAAGCACAUACAUGAAGAGAGGUACAGGAUGCAGAGCAGACCCUUAGGAAUCUGCUUGAUAAUUGACUGCAUUGGCAAUGACAAAGAAAUUCUUCAAGAUGCCUUCACUUCCCUGGGCUACCAAGUGCAGCACUUCUGUUAUCUUAGUGUGACAGGUAUAGAAAAGGUUCUUAACCGGUUUGCUCAUAUGCCCCAGCACCUAGACUAUGACAGCUUUGUAUGUGUCCUGGUGAGCCGAGGAGACUCCCAAGGCCUGCUUGGUGUGGAUCAGACUCACCCCGGGUUGUCCUUUGAUAGCAUAAAGAAGAUAUUCAUGGGCGAUGCCUGCCCUUCUCUCAUCGGGAAGCCAAAGCUCUUUUUUAUUCAGAACUAUGUGGUGGCAGAGGACCAUCUGGAAGACAGCAGUCUUCCAGAGGUGGACGGGCCAGCCAUGAGACAUGUGGACUCUAAGGCCUUUCAGCCUGGAUUCUGCACAGUUCACCGGGAAGCUGACAUCUUCUGGAGCCUGUGCAAAACAGAUGUGUCCCAGCUGCGGUCUCCCGACUCGUCCUCUGUGUACCUACAGAACCUCUGCCAGAAGCUGGAGCAAGAAAGAAAACGCCCACUAGUGGAUCUCCAUGUUGAACUCAUAGACAACGUGUAUGCCUGGAACAGCAGAGUUUCCUCUAAGGAGAAGUACUACCUCAGCCUGCAGCACACUCUGAGGAAGAAGCUCAUCCUGUCUAACGCAUGAAAAUCCCAAGCCUUUCAGGGUGUUCCUAUGUAUCCAAGAGUGGCCUGGAACUGGAAAUCCUCCGGCCUCAACUCCCAAGUGCUGGGAUUGCAGGCCUGUGCUACUACAGCUAACCCAAAGGACUUUGUUUUUUUGUGUGUAGACGCACACAUGUCACGGCAUCUAUAUAUAUAUAUAUGUAUGUACACACACACACACACACACGCACACACACACAUAUGUAUAGUUUUAUUUAUUUAUUUA